AGACUGCAAGCGAGGGCGACAUCUAACACCUUCAAUGCCCCACCACUACUUCCCGCCUUAUCAAGAACAGCAAGAAGCUUGGGCACAUGGAUGGAAAGAGGAUCAAAAUUCUGAGCAUAAGCCGCGUCCGAAAGUUAGUCUGCUCGAGAUGCUUCUGUACAUCCUCGACCAUCGCAAAGCUAACGAAGCAGCGAGAAACUUUCACAUCAGACAGGCUCACAAAUCCAAGGAGAUGGCUCCAGUUGAGCGAAAAGCGAGAAGAGGAGAAUAUGUAGCGGAAUCGAAAUGGAAUGGUCAAUAAACAACGAAAUUUUUGAAUCAUGAAGUGGUUAAUAAAUAGGAAUCU